AUGGCGUUUGGAAACUUUUCCACGAAGUGGUAUAGAGACCCAGACAAAUUCUAUCGGGACCCAGAACCUAAGUGGGGCCCAAAAGUAUACCCAACAUACACCCCUCAGACUCCAACACACACUCUCCCUAUUAUAAACAAACUCACACGCACAUUACCCUCAUCAAUAGAGAUCAUGGAAGCAAUCGCCAAACUUGCAGCUGUUAUGUCCUACAUUACCGAUAUAUAUGGACUGGCUGGUGGAUCAGCAGCGAUAUGCUACGCAACUGCUUAUAGAUUCCCCACACGAUUAACCACAGACAUAAAUCUAAUAAUCCAACCAGAUCUAGACAUCAGAAUCACUGCGGAAGAAGUCGCCAGGAUCCUAUGUUGUGUACAAUUUUCGGACGAUUUUGCUGUGAAGAACAUUUCGGGCGUUGAUAUUCCGCAGGUGAAGGUGAUGAGGGGCAAGAAGGAGGUGUUGGUUGAUGUGGAGAUCCUCGAUUAUCAUGUUUGGGAGGACAGGAGGACGGAUUAUGAUUUGAGCUUGUCGGGAAACGAGCGAUGGGGUCUGCUGAUUGAGAAGAAAGUUGAUAAAAAGGACAGGGAAGAAAGUGGUGGACAGGCUGGUGGACAGGUUGUUGACCAGAUUGUGGCGCAAAACGUGUUUCUGAUGAACGCGGUGUGGAUGUUGAGGCAGAAGAUACUGAUGUGGAAUGAGAGAGAGGGGCUGCAGAGGGCGAACGAUAAAGUGGAUAUCGUGACGCUCUGUGACGUCCUCGAUGAGGCUAAGAGAACCUUGAAGAUCAGAAAUGAGAGGGAUAUCAGGAAGCUGAAAGAGUUUUUGAAGGACUUCGAUAAUGACCCCAUGGUUUUGGGGUCGGUCAUUGAAUGUCCUGAGGUUUUUGGACCGUGGUAUAAUUUGAAAUGGGUUCGAAGGACUUUUGCUGGGUUCUUGUUUUUUGCGAUUCCGCUUGCUGUGGACUAUUAUACUGCCACGACUCAAUAGGUCUUGCAAAGUACAUUGCGCUGCUGUGCGAGUACCUAAUAGGUUUUGAGUAGGAAAAUGAAAUGCAAGGUUCGUCAUCAAGUCAAGGAAAUUUCAGAAACUGCAUUAUGAAGAUUUUCGAAGCUGUCUGUGAAGUACGAAUCGAGGCAUAUCUCUUAUUGGUCUCUACAAGGGGGAUUAGAACGAUCAAAGCAAUCUCGAUGCAGUCACCGAGCUUUCGGGUGACCACCUCACCCUUGGUGAGUUCAAUUCCGCCUCGAAACAGCUGAAUCAAUUCGCUGCUCUCCUUGACUUCCAUAACAGUACAUCGAACCGACUGCACUUGACAUUGCUUUGAGGGGUACUUAUCUGUUGGUCGAGAAGAGUACAGUGCGAAGCACAAGAUGUCAUUCAUUCCAAGAGGCGGACAAUGAGCAACUUGUUCGAAAUGUACAUAUAAAUAUGAGUUGAU